UACGGCACAAGGGAAAUAAAUCUAUUAAUAAAGGUACAACAGCGAUUGUUAAGACAGGAUCGUAAUAUAAAAAUGUCUAAGUGCAGAUUAACGUAUUUCAAUUCCCGAGGGGGUGCAGAAUUAGCUCGACUGGUGUUAAAGUGUAAAGGUAUAGAAUUUGAAGAUGAACGACUGGAAGGUGAUGCAUGGACACAACGCAAGCCAGACACACCACUGGGAGCCCUACCUGUAUUAAAGAUAGGCGACAAAGAGUAUUGUCAAAGUGCUGCUAUUGCAAGAUAUUUGGCUAAAGAAAAUGGUCUCAUGGGCGCUAAUAAUCUAGAGGCUCUACGUAUUGAAGAGAUGAUGGAAAUGUUCGCCGAAAUGUUAAAUAGAGAACUUAUAAAAAUAUACAUGGAGAAAGACGACGACAAAAAGAAAGAGCUAGUGAAAACAUUUUCAGAGGGAUCACUGCAGAAGUACUUGGAUUUUGUAGAGAAGCGCCUGAAAGAAAUCAAAGAAGGAAAAGCUUUCCUAAUUGGCGAUAAGUUGUCGCUUGGUGACCUAGUCAUAAUUGAUGGUCUUACAAUGAUUGGCGCCUUUAAAAUAGAUCCGUUCAAAGACAGAACAUUGCUCAAGGCGCAUUUCGACAGAGUUGGAGCCAUACCUGAAAUUGCUAAAUGGGUAAAGGAAAGACCAGCCACAAAUUUUUGAAAACUCGGAAGAUAAACUUCUUUUUUUUUUUCAUUUUCAUUAACAUGUUGAUAUAGUUGUGUCGUUUAGGGUUGUCUUGUCAGUAGAAUAACAAUAAACAGCGGAAAGAAAACUACUUCAGCAAUGAAGUAAGUCAUUUUAUUGUGUAUUAAAGAAUUGCAGACGGUAGAAGGAUAUGGAAUGAGAGUAAAUGUACUAAAAAUA